AUGGACGGCUCGUCGUAUAAUUACGGCUUCAGAGCCCCUCAUACCAACUCGCCUUUCCCCGAUACCCCGACGAGUGCCUCCUAUAAGACCAAUGUAAAGAGAACCAAGACCAAGAAAUGGGUCGAGGCCAAGACCCAAAACUACGACGGCGAUGACUGGGGAAACGAUUUUGAAGACGAAGCCGAUGAUCCCGUUCCCGUGCCGCCGCUGAAGCCCACGGGCUACCGUCAAGCCGGCCAGUCAACCAAUACAGCUCUCCCGUCGCACCAGCCGCCAGCUCCGUCAGCUCCCCAGCCGGCCGAGCCUGUGCCUUCAAUGCGACCGGCGCAGCCGACGGUGAAUGAAGCCAGACCGACGUCCAGCCAUCGUCCCACUGCCGGGCUUCCGCCUCUGCAAAUUCAGAACUCAGCAAAGCCUACGCCUCCCGUCGUGCAGCAACCUGUGGUGAACGAGGUGAAGCCGCCUGCACCUGUGGCAGAGCCAGCCUCAGUAGGUGCUGCUCCCGAAAGGGCUCCUCAGGAACCGCUCGUGUCACCACCUCCACCCGCCAGCGCUGGACUGCCUUCACGGAUGAGCCCAGCACCAGUCCCAGCGCCCGUUCCAGCACCGUUCGCUGGUCGCCCAGAAUAUCCCAGGGGCACUCCAUCUCCUCCUGUGGGAAGCAGACGAACUUCACCGGCACCGGCCCAGACCCAAGCCACCCGCUUCCCUCCUCGUAAGAGCAGCAUGGGGCAGCAGGACCGUGAUCGCCAGGCUUCCGGUUCUCGGUCGAGCUCCACGCAGCGUCCGUGGAUAGACCAACGAUCAGCGUCUCCUUCCAAUGUCAAAUCGCCGGGCACACCGUCCAACACCACAGCAGCGCACUUUAUCCGACCCUCGGAUAUCUAUCGCCAGAUGGACGACAAUAAAGAAAAAGAGGGUGGAUUGACGGAGGCGGGAAGGCCAAGCAUAGACAGUGCUACUGGCCCUAGGAGCGAAUCGUCGGUGUCGGCUGCCAACCCGACAGUUCCGGUAGUCGACGCUGGUGAGCAGCAGCCAAUGCGCCGCAGUUUGGACAAAGGCGACGGGCUGGGUGUUGUCGAUAAUGCCACACGACAACCUAUUCUGGCACCGGUGGCGGAGAGAAAAAGCGAGUAUGGCUUCGAUGGGCUUCUAGCACAACCUCAGGCCCAAGGAGUAGACCGAGGCCGACUGAGCCCUCCAGGAGGCAUGCCGGAGAGCAACUUGGGUGUACCAGAGCCGCAGUUGCAGCGCCCGACUGCAGAAGAGUCUGACCAAAACCGCCGCUACUCCACGAGCCCUCGACUGCCCGACCUGGCACGCAUGUCCCUUUUCGGAGACGACUUCUUCUCGAACCCAGACAAGUAUGCUCACGAGGCGCCUCCGAUGCCGAGUUUGCCAUCCCAGAUCCAGACGCAGCCUUCCGAACCCGCUUCUACGGCAGAGAAGGCGCCAGCUGUGCAUAAAUCUCCCACUGCUGCGACGCCUGGUGAUGUGACGUCUCCACUUCCCACUAUCAGCACGACUCCGCAGCCAACCAACUCAUCGUUGCCUGCAUCUCAACCAGUCAGCAGGGAAAGGUCGCGUUCACCAUCCCAAACGCCACCAGCCUUGGAGGAAUCCAGCAGAUCUCGUCUGCCUUCGCAAACUACUCGACCGUCUAUUCCUGGAGGUUGGGUCACCGAAACACGCUCCAUUGCCGAUUCUCAGUCUACUUCCGCCGUUGCGACACCCGCUGCUACUGCCGAUCGGAAGCCCAUUCUCGGCGUGGAUCCUGGCGAAGUUUCCCCCAUCACCGACAACGAAGACGACAAGUUUGGCGCCAGCGGGGUAGCUACGACGAAGGAUACAGUAUCCAUUCCUGUUUCCAUCCCCGAAGCUUCGGAGCGGGCCGCUCAGAUGGAGGGUCGUGUUGACCAGGAUGACGACCCGGAGACUUCGGCUCCUCUGAACCCUCGCGAAUCAGGCAGCUCGUCAUUGGAUUUUGCGGCGCCAGAGAGGCUGCAGCGCGAGUCCACCAUGAGCACCAUUGCCGACCCAUCCCCUGUCAAGGAGAGCGAUAAGUUGAGAGAAGAGAUUAUGCGCAGCCUCAGUCCCGUCCGCCCUACAAGUCACGAACUGAACAACUUCAAUAACCAUCAGUCGCUGAGUCCGGCCGUCGACAACAGCGGUACUCGUGAGAGCGCCUAUCUCGACAGCGUCUACGACGACUAUUGGACUGCAGGCGACGACAAGCCCGAUGUGCCCAGCUUGCCUUCACAGCAGCCAGAGCAAAAGAGGGCGCUUACCCCCAACAAAGACAUCUCUGACGUCCCUCCUUUGAGCCCUCGCAAAGAUGCCAUGGACAAACCUCCCGCACUUGGUCGACGGUUCUCAUGGGAAGCAGGAGGAGAGCAGGUUACGCCAAAGGCCUCUGAUGCUCAGAAGGAUCCUCUCGCCGAGCCUCACCCCCAACCUGGUGACGCGGGCGAAGACAGCGUGCCCCCUAAACAAGGCGAUGAUGAGCUGCAGGCUACACAAUCAGAGGUGGCCAGCGACUCGGGACGUACGCCGCUCGCUACUGGGUUGGACGAUGGGCAUAUUAGCGUGCCGCAAGACGCGGGCGCGAUGUCUCAUCAAGUGUCGCAGGUUAGUUCGGCGCCGAGAGAUCGCAUGGACUCCGAAGUGAUCGAACCGCCGUCACCCGUGUCAGUCACGGCUGAUAAAAACACUACGUCGGCUGCACCCACCCGCCGACUGUCGCUCGCGGAAGAAAAGUCAAUGGCUCGGGUCUCAUCAAACCCCGUCUCACCCAGCCCACCGCCCGGCGAUCACCCUGCCCUGGCUCAGGUUCAACCCGAGCCUGAGCCCGAGCCAGAGCCAGAGUCGUCCGAGGCUGGCCAGGCACCUGCAUCUCCAGCGGCUCCUCAACGCCAGUCGACGCAGCCUGUCAAGAUUACAACGUUCAAAGAGAUCAUGGACCUUUCCAAUGCGAAAGACAGGAUUCAAAAGUACAAUGAGACGCGCUCCCAAUUCGCGUCGAUGGAUUCGGGUCUGAACAACUGGCUGGAAAACUUGAAAGCUCAGCAUCCUGAGCACGCCAACGCAACUGCAUCAUUUGGAGUUGGCGCACCUGGCCCUGGUCAAUCGCAGUCAUCGCCAACAACUUCUCAGCCGGCUUCUCAACAGCCUUACUAUCAGCAGUACCUCAACGCAAGCAACCCAAACCUCGCGGCGGGAGCUUCGGGUCGGCCUCCUGCGGGAAGUGCGCCCACUGGUUCGUCUCAUUCGCCUUCAAGUGAUUUUAAGCAUUCGAGCGGUCAAGUUGGGGCGAAGGGCAAGGGACUAUUGCUUGCGGCUGGCAAGGCGGGUAAAGGUCUAUUGAGCAAGGGAAAGAACAAACUCCGUGGCACUGGGGACAAGAGCGACUCAUCUCCCCCGCCGGCUCAACCCAAGACUAGAGCCGAGCGACGUACUUCAUGGGGCAUAAGCCUCGGAUCGCGUUCGUCACCUCGUGCCGACAGCUACGGUCAUGCCCACUCACGGUCGCACUCGGGAUCCGUGUCAGGCCCAACUCCACAGACCAUCCCGGAACAUCCGGCAUCUCCGACUCCACCGCCUCAACUACCCCAGACCUCACGUACAUCCCCAUUUGAUACCUUGACUCAGGGCAGUGAUGAUCAAGCUUCGGCUUGGGCCCCACCGCGGCCCCAUACGCCGCCCCAGCAGUCUGCCGGACCUCCCGGAGACAGUGAUUCGGAGCCGGUAUCCCCCGUCUCGGACACGCACUCCAUAUCGACGACGCCCCGGUUCCAAGCCAAGGACACGCCCGGUGACGACUAUUCCGUGGGAGGUGACCUCCAGGUUCCUAGACCCAUCAGCAAGACUCAGCCAUCAUGGGACCCCUUCACGGGCACGCCCUUAGUGGAAGAGGAGGGAUUCGAGAUGGGACAGUCCACGGAUCCAAGCCCUCCUGCGUCUCAUGCAGGUCAAGGCCAAGCUCCUCCCCCCUCUUCUCAAGCCACACAAACUGUCGCCGCUGUAAGACCACGUGCAAACACAGCCGAUGAACCGUAUGACGACUGGGUCGUUGUGUCGCCGCAGUCGCCUCCUUCUGGCCAAAUCCACGUGGUACCUCCUCAGUCACCGCCACAGGCGCCGCGGUCAUUCGAGCCUACCGAGUCAAGCAGAGAAGUUGAUGAGGACGACCACGAUUUGACUCAUGGUUCUAGUUCAACGGGUCUUUUUAUUGUGCGGCCAACUCAGCAGUUGCAGCCGGUUCAGCAGCAGUCGGUCCAGAAGCAGCCGAUACAGCAGCCGCAACAGACCAUAAAUCAUCUUCCAUCACAGCAGACUUCUCCCCAGCGCCAGUCAUCCUUUGUUGGCCUACCGCCCAUCAGGCGAAGUUCUACAUUCGGUAUCAACCUGACCAAGCGGGCGAAGAAACGCUUUCCCUUGGACGAAGACGAUGAUAACAACUUCGUUUCCUCUCCGGUCAACACGACAACAGACCACUAUGGCAACGAUGGCGGCUCUUCAUCCCGCUUCCAGCAAGGGGAAUCCAGCUGGUCUGCACAGUCUGCGCAACCCAUGCGCGUCGACACUGGGCCACCACGCUUCCGUAAAGACAGCAACAUGUCACAUAAUGUUCUUUCGGCGACGUCAACGCAGGCGGCUACGCUGGCGACCGAGAGUAGUGGGAUGACAGGGCAGGACCUCAGAAUUGAUGAUGAAAAGAGACCUCUUGGGCCGGGGGUAGCAAUGAAGGGCGCCGGCCGUGUACCAGAACCCAUUGACACAAGAGCAGCGAUGCAACAGAAUGAGGGUCGAACGAGCGGUCCGCCCUAUGGUCCAGGCAUGCCUCCUCAUCAAGGGAUUAUGUCUCCAACUUUCGGAGGCAACCCGAUCCAUCACCUCCCUCCACAAGGCCCAUGGAAGCUUGAGGAGUCGCAUUUGUCUGAGCCACUGGCAACCAGCAGAAACCGGCAGUCGGGAGGAUCGCUAUCGCCUCACCAGCAAACCUCCUUCGGGAUCGAUAAAGAGACUGGUGUGCCUUCAACGGCGGCGCAACGACCCGAGACGCAGUUACCCCCAAGACAAAAGUUCUCUGAAGUGCCUCCUUCAUCAGCGCAGCGUUAUCCAGGCCUAUUCACCCCGCAAGCAGGAUAUCAAAACCCCAGCUCUCCCACAGGGCCACGAGGCUCAGAAGACCUUGGUCAGCAUUUCUACAACCGUGAUUCUACCUCGUUGUACAGGACACAAACUGGCGACUCCGAAGUCAGCGGCUUCGAUCCCUCCAUAGAUGAAGAGCGUGGGCGCAAGCGAAGCUCUGGCUUUUUCAAAGAAAUCGGAGGUCGCAUCUCGCGUCACACCUCGCGGGAACGCCCAGCGUCCAAGGCCGAGAGCGGAGCACCAAGCUACAUGGCUGGUCCAGACGUGCGAGGCGAUGCCGUGUCCGAGGCUAGCGUUGCCACAGGAGAGCUGCAAGACCGCCAGAGAAGACGUUCAAGCUUCUUCCUCAACUUACGGGGUUCGAAACCUUCGGAUGUGGGAGGGCCCCAGGGCCGUGAUGGCGGUGAAGGGAUUUCGCCAUCACCAAAGGCGAGCCCGAACCCGGGCGGCCCGUCCCAGGUCCAGCAACCACCACCGGGAGGGCCCGCGGAGAGAAAACGGUCAUUCUUCGGUCCGGGUGCCGAUCAAUCCGCCAAUUUCCCAAUGCCCAACCUGUCUCGUUCGUCAACGUCCACUGCUGGAUAUGAAGUUGCAGGCGGAGCAAUGGGCCCUCCUAAGAAGCGGUUCUCCGGCUUUACGAGCAAGGUGUUCCCUCGUAGUUCAAGUCAGCAGGAUUUACAGGUGCCACAGAAACCUAGUACAUCACAUUCCACUACGACUUCGACCAUGUUUGGUCGCCCGCCAAGCACGCAGGGAAGUCAACCUGGCAAACCUAUCCCCUUGGCCGCGCAGGGGAGAGAGAGGAGUAAUACCACUGGCACAAACCAACUUUUUGCACAGGAAACCCUGGUGAAUAAGCCGUUGGGCAAUGUCGAAGAUGACGAACGAGGUAGAAGAAGUUCAGCAGGCGGGUUUUUCUCUGGGCUUUUUGGUAAACGCGCCGCCAACAAGCCGACCGAGACCCAGCAUGGAUUACCUCAAAGACAGGACCAGAACGCAAGUGUUCCUGCGCAGUUCAGAGUGCAGCAGCAUACUGGUCAACAGCUACCGCCGUCAAACCUUGGACCAAGGCGCGAGGAUGAAGGCCAGCCGCCUAUACGGAGCCCGCCUCAGGGGUUCGGCCAGCAGCAACAGGAGGAGUCGCCUCGCUUCCAAGGCUUUUCCAUGCACCCGGGAGCUGGCGCACGAAUUCAACCUCAGCCUCAGUCCCAGCCUCAGGGACCUGAACUUCAUCAGAGAAAGUCCAACGGGUCUGUCUUGCCCUCUCCUCAACCGUCGCAGCAAUUCGCUGCUGUGACAGAUCAACAGAGAAGCCUCGCAUUGGAAGAAGCGCGAACACGCCCGGUGUCAGACUUGCAGAGCGAACGUCGUGAAGCCCCUAUCGCGCCUGGUCAUGAAGCGAAUGAUGAACAUGUCUCACGGAGAAAGUCCAGUCAGAUGUUGAAUAUGGAGUCACAUCCCUCACAAUCGUUUAAUGCUCCGGCGCCCCCAUCACAGAGAGAACAACCAUCGCCGGGACGCCGCCGUCUCACUGAGCAGAGACAGCCUUCUCUUUCAUUUCUGCAGGCCGAGGAGCAGCUCUCGCGCCCUGAGCUGUCAGACGACCAGACCGAAACCCACUGGGUUCCUCCCGGAUUCUCGGCCGAGCCAACGCCGGAGCCAUCGAUCAGACACAGCUACGGACGCGAGAACUCGCCGGGGCCCCAGACACCGCCUCUGGGCCAGGGGCAAGGCACCAAUCACCAACAGACUCUCGGCGUCCAGAAGCCUGGUCACGCCAGGCGAAUCUCGGAGCAAUCUGCGUCGCUGUUGUCUCCCUCCUCCAACUUCAGGGCACAAUCUCCCAAUGGAGUCGUCGGCCAGUCUGAUACCUCGCAACAGUCCUCGAAAUCGAACUCGCCCAAACCGGCGGCCAUUACUCAGAUGCCGGCUCCGAGGGCACCUUUGGCAUCUGAAAGUCGAGCGCCUCGACAGGACCCGUCUCAGGGGCAGUCGCAGCCUGAUCGACCAGCCAACAUGCAGGAGCCCUAUGGGACGGGUCCGCAAAUGACUGGAUUGGCUUCUCCAGGACGUCCUCAGCAGCAGCAGCAGCAGCCUCAGCUCUUGCAGCAUUCUCUUCAACAUCAACAUCAACAUCAAAACCAACACCAACAACAACAGCACCCACAUCCACCUCAGCAUCAGCACCAGGGCUUUGAUGCUGAAAACAGACCUCCAGCUCAAUUUUCUCAAGCGUUUCCCCCACCGAAUCAGCGUUCUUCGCUCCCUUUUCCGCAAAGCCAAGACAUGCAGUCUAGCGGUCAAGACUCGAGUGUAGAUGGUCAACAGAACCCAGUAUCAAAGUGGUUCAAGAACAGGACCUCAACACAGCCACAACCUCGGCCUCACUCAGGCCCCCAGAAAGAAUCGACAACGAAGUCCAUUUUCAGUGCGUUCAAGCGAUCAUCCAAGCAGCCAGAACCUCGACCUCAACAGCAGAUGCCACAUCCAAGCCAGGUUCAAGACAUGCAGCCGCAACCGCAGCUGCAGCAGUCUCACAAGAGCCAAGGUCAGCAAAGGAUGCCGCCAGCUGUUCCGUUAUCACAGAGAAAUCACCUACCACAACAAGGACCUCAUCACAUGUACCAAGAACAGCGCCCAUCCAUGGGUUCCUUUGAGCAAGGACCUCUCCCUCAACACAACAUGGCUGGCAGAAGCCCCGAAGCGAUGCGGCAAAACAACGGAAGAUUCUCAAGCCAACAGGACGUACCUUUCGAACCUGUUAUGACUCGGGCAAUUCCGAACGGUCCUGGGCCAGGUGGAAGCGUACGCGCCAACCCCCAACCUUACGUUGAACCUCAGUACGACCAAGUCCCUAUCCCUCGAGGAUAUGAUGCCGUUCACGGUGAAGGAGGCGUAGCGCCAUCUCCCUACGCCCUCUCACGCACCUCGCCACCGGUUCAGUAUCCUGCGUACCAUUCACCGCAGGUGCCACAAUGGGGCCAGCCUCCUGUUACUCAAAGGCAUCCGUCUGAAAUGUCAAUGUACAGCCACCCCAGCCCUCCCAUACAGCAAGGACAGCAGCUGCUUCACAGUCAUCCACAAGGAGGCGCAUGGCCCGAGGGUGACCGGCGCGUGAGCAUGGCCUCCCACCAGUCCAACAUUUCGCACGCCAGCCAUAGCACGCAGGCGGCCCAUGUCGGUCCGCAAGGUGAUGUGCCAGUUCCCAAUCAGCAACAUCAGCCACAACAAGACCCGAGAGGAAUACGGUUGGUGAACCAAGACGACAGCCGUAUCGCGGGUCCGGACUCGCAAUUUGGUCAGCAAACCAUGCCGCCAAGUCAACAGCCUCAACAGCAACGAUACUCCCUAGUCGAUACGCCAGCUCCAGUCGCAGCAUCUCCCCAUAUGCAUCAAAGUAAUAGCAGAGAGGCUCAGAGGAAUCAACAGACCAACUCUGCUGAAGGGCAAACGCAUGCCAGUAAUGUGGUCCGAAGCCCGCAUGACAAGCCUCCAUCUCCCCAUCCUCAGGAGCACGCUCAGCAGACGCAAGGGCUUGCAAUCGAUGCUGGUAAUAUCAUGGGAAACAACUUCCGUAGUGUUUCCGACGACAAGCAACGGCUGGCGGAGAACAUCAUAUCGUCUGAACCGUCAGUGCCCGCGCCAGCAUCAGCACCCACGGCACCUCGCCUCAGCGUCAACGUGCAGCAAGCAAACCAAGAACCCAAAGACAACAAUGAUCUCUACGAAUCCACACCGCUUCUGCCCUCUAAUCCUUCUCAGCCGCCGGCAGCAGCACAGCCCAUAGUCGCUGCAAACACGGGCCACAGCAUGGUCAGCGACAGCUCUGCCGACGAAGCGCCCCGAAAUGCCAGUCACGCCAACGGCAGCGCUAGCGCAGGCGCCGCCGCGGCCUCGACGACCCUGGCGAGGGGCAAGAGCACGAGAGCCGAGCUGGAGGAUACGGAAGACGAACGUCAGAGGACCAUGCGGCGCGAGGCCCAGGAGGAGAAGAUUCUGGUCGACCCGUACGAGGAGCUGUCGUCGGGAGGGGUCAAGUACAGAAAGGAAGAGGAGCCGGCGGAUGUGCCCCAGAUGAGCGCGACGAGUUACCCCGGCCAGGAGUGGAAUCCCUACGGAGCUGGCGGGUACGAGGAUUGGGAUUGA